AUGAAGGGCUCCAUUUUCACUCUGUUUCUACUCUCUGUCCUAUUUGCCAUCUCAGAGGCGAGGAGCGAGGAGAUUGUGAAGCUCUGUGGGCUGGAGUACAGAAGAACAGUCAUAUACAUCUGCGCCAGCUCCAGGUGGAGAAGGCACCUGGAGGGGAUCCCUCCAGCUCAGCAAGGUGAGAAAAGAAACUACUUUCAACUCCCAAAUAGACAUGAGGCUUCUGAGGAAAACAUAGCCCAGGACCUGCCCAAAGUGGAUUCCUCAGGCGAGGAACAUGUUGGGGAUGGACAGAUAUCCAUGGAAAGGCGUUGGGAGUCAAAGAAACAUUUGGUGAUGUCAAGACAAGACUUAGAAACUUUGUGCUGCAYGGAGGGCUGUUCCAUGACUGAUCUGAGCACACUUUGUUAA